AUGAACCUGAAGCUCGCCACCCGGGUGCAGCAGCGAGGAAGGUUUCUAUGGGAAGGCCGCUUGAGGAAGAUCACCAUGGCCGUCAUGCUCACCCCGUGGAAUUUGUGGUUUCAGUCUCUCGUCUUGAUGACCAUUCUCUACAAGUUCAUCAUCCACCUGCUCCUUGGGUAUUACCUGGACAAAUCCUGGUUCUUCCUGGACAUGACCCUGGCCCUCGGCGAAGUGUUCUUCUUAGCGGACAUCAUAGUUCACCUGCUGCAUACCUUCUGGCCCAUAGUUCGACUGCAAAUAAGAACUCUCAGAAGAAAUUAUCUCUUCCUAGCUUAUGAUAUUAUCAGCCUGGUGCCAUUGACUAUGAUUUUUAGCAACCGAGCAGAUAGCCGAGAUAUCGUAUUGGUUGGCCGAUGGUUAGGAAUUGGCCGCAUCUAUAGACUGUUCACGUUUUUCCGGAGCGUUAACGAAUCAAUCCACAAAUCUCGCAAGGCAUUCUAUAUAACCGAGCACGUAGUUUUUGGUAUGCUAAUCCUUCACGCCAGUACUUGUCUUUGGUACGCCUUGCAUCGCUUGCCGACCGUAAGCAAGAAAUGGUACAACCUGGGAUACCCAUCGCACGUCAACUCGUGGAAACUGAAGUUUGACAACUACAUAUCCUGCUGGUAUUAUUGUGCUUGCCGAUUCUGCAAUGUUAUAUUUGGCGAUGUUUUUCCUUUGCGGGUCUUGGAAAAGUGGUUGACGUCAUUGCUGAUGCUAAUAGGCUAUGUGUUCUUCCGGUACCAGUUCGUCGGACUCCUCACCUGGGAGUUGGUUCUCGAGAACGCGCGAAGAGCUAUGUUUAUUGAUCGGUACCACCACAUGGUAAGCUACUUGAAAUUCCGUGGCGCCCCCUCCUGGCUGAUGGAGCAAGCGGCCAAGUACAAGCAGCAGGUGUGGCAAAUGAAAGACGGCAUACUAUCCUCGAGCCAGCUGCAGAAGCUACCGCUGCCUUUGCAAAUGGAGCUGAUAUUUGAUGUUAAUGUGGGACACUUCCACAACUCUUUGCUGUUCAGGGAUACAGAUGAAGCCUUUAUGCGUCAAAUCUCCUUACUGAUGAAGCAUGAGCUGUACCUCGCUGGUCAGCACAUUUGGAGCCAAGGAGUGGUGAAGAACGGAAUGAUCUGCAUCAAGAGAGGCGUCGUGGAGAUGCUGUCUGAUGAGGAUGAUGAGAGCCCGAUGAUAGCUUUCAAGGAAGGAACGGUAUUAGGAGAGCUGAGUUUAUUUUAUUCAAUCCCAGCCAAAGUCACCGUCAAGGCGGCUACUUACGUGGAACUUCAGGUAUUACGGCGCACGGAUUUCAUGCGAGUGAUAUCUGAGCAUCCCUCCAUGCUGCAGCACAUUCGGGACAAAAUAGGGACCAGGCUGCGGUCGACCAGGGAGAGACAGGAAGCGAUAACUCAAUACGACAAAGGCGAUUCCAGACUAAUUCGAACUCGUUACCGACCUAUGAAAGUGCUCAAAGACAAUUUAUCCGGCGUAGAGGAGGACGACCCGACAUUUGUGGACGAUUCUCACAUGUAUUACAAAGACGUCAACAAUGUUCGGCAGGCGAGGUUUACGCCAGAGUACUUGGAAUUGUAUCAGAUAUCGACCAACGUGACGACUAUAGAUGCCCCGCGGGUCUGUCUGAGGGCCAGUUUCCCUUGGAUACUGGAGCCGAACACUGAUUUCACUCACAUGUUCGAUAUGGGCCACUUCGCAAUGGUCCUGUACCUAUGUGUGAUGUCCCCACAUUACGCUAUACAAACCGAGCAGACCGAUUUGGAGUUAAUUUUCACAACCAUUGUUACCGCCGGGCUCUUACUCAACAUUUACAUACAACUAACUACGGCCAUUGUGGAAAAGAAUAUUCGAAAAGAAACAGUGAAAGAGAUAGCAGAAGUGAAAAUGGCGACUGUAGGUUUCUACCUAGAUAUUCUCUCUGUGUUUCCCGUGUACAUAUUCACUGACACCCUGGACCCUCACGGGGAGUCGAUUGCUGGACAGGUGGUCAAACUGCUCCCGAUUUUGCAAGUGUGGCAUUUGUGGGAAUAUAUUGACAAGUGGAAAUUGAGCUUCAAUAGUAAUGCUAAGCUGCUGUGCCUUAUCAAGUACACUAUUCUCGUUAUCAUUGUCUGCUAUUGGUCAGGCUGCUUCCUUUACCUGUUCGCGUGUCCUAGGAAACUGUGCCGUGAGAACUCCUGGAUGGCUCAACUCAUCUACUGGGAGACGAAGGUGUUCAUGACCAAUGAAGCCAAGCACGAGAAGCCGCUUGUGUCCUCGCUGCUGUUUGGCACUUCGGCCUUCACUGGCACUGGCACUUCUGACAUGGGACCUGGACCUGGAGACUUGUUUGUAAUAAUGCUAAUAAUUGUAUUGGGCUCGUAUGUCAGCUGCUUGUACACAGCGAAGAUUUGCAGCUGGUUCCUGUUAAGUACACAAAGGAAGCUUAAAUUUAAGGAAUCGAUGCGAGAACUAUUCUACUUCCUGACGGUGAAUCACGUAAGCGGCAAGAUCAAAGCGCGCGUGAAGAAGUUUUUCUCCGUCCAAUGGUAUUACAAUAAUGCUGUAUCAACGGAGGAAAUUUUCAGAGAUAUGUCCACAAACAUCCAACAAGAAGUUCUGGCAAUAGAAAUGGUGGAAACUCUUUUACAUUGUCCCAUAUUUCAGGUACACGGCUGCAACCGCGACUUUCUGCAGACGGUAGCUGCCAACAGCAGAACCAUUGUUCUGCCGGACAACGAGAUAGUCCAGCAUGGGGGUGACAUCGGCCGCGAUAUGUACAUCAUACAAAAGGGUCAUUGUAAUCUACUGAAUCAUCACGGCAAAAUAGAUAAAUCUAUCGGACCCAGCAACCAUUUUGGAGUUGUCGAAAUGCUUUUUGGAUUGCCAAAGGUGUACACGGUGCUGACGUCAACAAACUGCAUCCUGCUGCACGUGGAAUACACGUCACUCGUGCAGAGCUGGGGCACGUUCCCGGACAUCAGUCACCCCAUUAUCACGGCUUUGGACGACCCCGAGCUUAGAAACAAGGCGAAAUUUUAUGAAGAAGCGAAGCCGUUGACAGGUCGAUUGGAUGCGAAAACUAACAGGAUAGCGCAAGAAAUAAAGGAGAGUUUCGUGGUGCUCACAGGCCGCAACAGAGUUGAGUAUGUGAAGACUUUCGACAAGUUGGGCGUUAUGAGAUAUAUUCGUUACCUGUUCUUGCCAGGCUGCAUUACUCCUCAUGGCAUAUUUUUGAAGUUCUGGUGUGGCGUGCGAUUUGUGUUGGCUUUGUAUUACAUUAUAAUGAUACCUUACAAUAUUGCCACGAAGCAACACAGACAUAUGGGCGCGUAUCCCUGGACAGACAUUCUACUGUACGUGGAUAUAGUGGUCAUGGCAUACGUAGCGUACUAUAACGAGAGGUCGCUGCUGGUCACCCAUCCCUUGCUGUCUGUGUCAAGAUAUUUGAAAACAUCAUUUUUCAUCGAUGCUAUCUCUGUAUUUCCGAUUGAACAAGUGUUACGAAUUGUCAACGACAAUACAGACAUGGAUUUUUAUCGGAUGAAUCGGAUGCUUUUAGUCAGUAGAGUAAUGCAAUCCUUUUCAUAUUGGGAGAGUGACAUAAUGCAAGUGAACCCGAUCAUCGUGCUUCUCAAAUACUUGCCUGUGACAGUCACUAUCGUGAACUUCGCCUCGACUGUCAUUUUCAUCAACACCUGCACGCCGUAUCUGCCCCCCGACACAUACUAUAUCUUGGUCAACUGUACCAGAGCCCUGACUGUGACUACUAAUAAGGUGGAUAUUAAGUAUGCGGCUUCUGAAUACGCGAACACAUUUUACUGGGUUUUCGAAAUAUUUGUGGGGUGCGGCUGCACUCCAGCGGGCGUGUCGAACAUUGUGGACGUGUGGUUGAACAUGGCUCUUAAGAUCACGGGCUUCCUCUACUUCGCUUUUAUGUUUGGAUACGUCGCUGCGUCAAGGUCUACGGAAACGCAUGCUUUGCUCGAACAUAAUGAAAAAACAAGGGACCUGGCCAACUUUCUGUAUCAAGAGAACGUCGAUCUGAUGCUCACUGCGAAAACGGUGAAGUAUUUUGAGUAUGUCUGGAAGCGGACCAACGGGAGCAACCCUCAAGAAAUAUGCCGGUGUCUGAAUACAGCGCUAAUGGAAGACACCUUAGUCUUUAUGUACGAGAGAGCCCUUCGAGAAGUGCCACUCUUCGGGAAGGUCGAGAGGUCCUUCAUCAGGGUUAUCACACAGCACCUCCACGAGAUGUACUUCCUGAAGGGCGAAACGGUGAUACAGUGCAGAGACGUGCAGCCCUAUAUUUAUAUUAUUUACCGAGGCAAGGUGGAUGUGUUGACCUCGUACAAUGAAAUGAUAACGUGCAUGGGCCCGGGCGGAAUGUUCGGCAAUUUCACUGGCCAACCAGUAUCUUGCUCAGCAGUAGCGAUAUACGCCAGCCGGAGUCUAGAUCUCCUGGUGAUACCUAGUCAAACGUUCUUCAACCUCGUUAAAUACUAUCCCAAAAUCCAGGACCCGUUGUACAAAGCCUUUGAAGUAUCCAAAGAUUAUAUCAUGCCUAUAACUAUGGAUAUUGCCGACGACACCUCUUCAGAAGACUCUGAAGUAGACCUAAUGUCCUUAGAGUCAGGUGUGGAUUCGAGAAGCGGUGACAGUAGAUUCGAAGUUCCAGGUAACCUCAAUGCCCGCGUGUCGCAGUCAAACAUCAGCCAGGCCAAGUCAACCACCAGCGUGAUGACGUACCAUAGCUACGCGAGUAUCAGUAACUUGCAGCGUCCUGGCACAUGGAUAUUUCAGUUAUUCGGCUACUUCACAUGCCUGAUGGCGACAAUAGACUAUGUGAUAGCACUUUACGAAUUGACCACUCUGAACGAUUGUUACGUUAUAUUUUGGCUGCAGUCCAUUUUCGACGUAUUCUUUUAUGUUAAAGUCUUUCUAACAAUGCAUCAGGGUUUCGUCAACAAGCAUGGAGAUCUAAUCGUCAACGCCUCGAAGUGCAGGAAACGAUAUUUUAAGCAUAAGCUGUGGGUCUGGUCGGAUAUAUUCGUCAAUUUUCCUCUAGAGCUAUUCGGGUUUUGUUUUCGAUACAAGUUGUCAGCAAUGCAUUGCUUUCGAGCUAACAAGCUGUUCAGGCUGAAAUAUCUAAUAGAGUUUUACCGGAAAACAUCUGCCGAACUUACGAAUAAUUUAACAACACUGCAAGUAGCGAUGACAGCCAUAGUGGUAGUCUUGCUCAUCCAUACGUUCACAUGCAUUUGGUUGCUGACUCUGAUCGCAACGUCACCGGUGUGCAUCAUACGCACGCUCAAGAUGCAUCUCAUUGAUGAAGAAACGCCUCAACGGAAUUGGGACUACGUCACGUCUAUAUACGUGAUAAUCUCCCAGCUGACCAUGACUGGUGGAGAUGAGUUUGUGGUGGACGAUUUUCUGCCAAUAGCAAUAAUGUCCAUCUGCUUGCUUUGCGGAAAAAUGCUGGCUGGAACGGUGGUGGCUACGGCUAUUCAGGUCGCGUACUCCUCGAAGUAUGCCCUGACGGCUUACGAGGUCGCCACUCGGGAGCUCAUUGAUAUGCUGAAGAACCAGGGAUUAUCAAGGUACCAGUUGAAAAAGUUCUGGCAAUACAUAAAACAGCUUUGGGUGACCGAACGCGGCCGUCAGCUGCCAGUACUUCUGGAACAAACGCCUUACGUCAGGCGCUGUGACCUGAUGUCAGCUAUGUUUGGACACCAUCUGAGGAACUGCUACAUCUUCCAAGAUACUGGAGAGCAGUUCUUGCGACAACUGGCUGGUGUACUAAACUACACUGUGUUCUUUCCCGGUAACUACAUAGUCGUAGCUGGUGACUGUAACGCCAGUAUGUACUGGGUGGUGUCCGGGGUGGUUUCCGUGGUGUCCGUGCGUCCGGAUUUGACUGAGACAACCCACGAGCUGCUCGGUCCAGGAGACGUCUUCGGAAUCCUCCAGGGAAUGAAUAAAGGAGUUGCUCAUUGUUUCUCAUACAGGGCUGAGACAAAGGUCAGUAUACUCACGCUCAGCCUGGAUACGUGGUUAAACAUUAUACAGUUUUUCCCGGAAUCUAAAAAGUCUAUCAUGGAUCGGUCUGAGGUUUUGUUUGCUCAGAUUUAA